AUGGAAAAUUGGAGAAAGUGAAUAGCCGAAACUCAAAUGACAGCAAUGCUCGCUCUAGCAGUUGCUGUAAGUUUUGGCGACCCGUACGCUGUAAGCUUUGGGUUAUGGGCCAUCAUUAUAGGAGGAGGCUUUAUUGGUGUGGUUCAUUUGAAUCCCACUGUAACUCUCUGUAAUUACGCAAAAAAGAAAUACCUCAGAACCCUGACCAACGAAAAUCGUGUUGAAUUCAAGGGAAAUCUCAUUUUCCAAAUUGUUGGAGCCUUGUGUGGAGGCUUAAUAGGGACAAUUAUUGCAACAGGGAAUCACUUCCAUUUCAAAAUUGGAAAUGAUUCAACAAUCGCUGAAGCGAUUGUGGCUGAAGCAAUUUUCACUUGCCAAUUAAAUCUUGUUAUCAUGAUAAGCCAGGAAAUCGAAUUUCCAUUGAUAGGCUCGCUUGCCGUUUCGAUGACAGUCUUGGUGGGUGCUUUAACUGUUGGUCCGAUUUCUGGAGGCUGCUUUAAUCCAACAGUAUGCUUGUCUUUGAAUUCUGUCAAAGCGAUAUAUUACGAUGAUAUAAAUUAUAUGCACGACAUAUGAAUUUAUGUGAUCGGACCAUUGAUUGGGUCUGCUAUGGCGAUCGUUUUGGGGUGCGUGUAUUUGGGGGAAAAGAAUUUCAAAGCAACAAUUUAUGAAAGAAAUUCAAUGUCUUCUGGUAUUCCGAUGCUCUCCGAUUAUAAAUCCAAAGAUUUUCCCGAGUAA